AUGGCCGAUAGUUGUAGCAGCUUAGAACCAGUUGACCGAAUAGUUGGCCAAAUCCUCGAAGCGAUUCAUUUUGCCGCCACAAAACAUAAAGAUCAACGACGAAAAGACCCAGAGAAAACGCCAUACAUUAAUCAUCCCAUCGGAGUAGCUUACAUUCUCUUGAAAGAGGGAGGUGUUUAUGAUACAGAUGUACUUCAGAUCAUAUUGUUGUUUUGGAUGGCCAUGCAGGCUAAAACUUCGCUUGAAGUAAAAGGGGAAAUCUCGCCAUCAACUUGUGUCUACACGAGCUGUUAUUGUGAAGAAAAUGUUUGGAAGUUAUGUGAGCAGAUAAGAGAUGAAAAAGAGCAAAACCUGAGUGAAUAUUAUUCAGUGUUCAUAUCUAAUGAGAAAAGACAGGUUCCUUUAUGGAUGCAAAAAUCUGCAAAGGACCCUUUAGCUCCAGUUGUUUGGGACUACCAUGUGCUGCUACUACGUCAGGUGGAUGCUAAGUGUUUGAUAUAUGACUUGGAUUCCAUUCUUCCUUUCCCUUGUCCAUUUGAACAGUAUGUCCAACAGGCAAUCCAAAAUGACAGACAACUUAAAAAACACUUUCACAGAAAAUUUAGAGUCAUACCAGCAGAGAUAUUUCUCAGUACAUUUGCCUCAGACCGGUCUCAUAUGAAGAAACCAAAUGGAGAGUGGGUAAAACCUCCUCCUCCAUACUCGCCUAUCAGAUCUGAAGAGAGCACAAUGAACCUUCAAGAAUUUAUUGAUAUGUCACAGGGUGAAGGAGAAGGACAAGUGAUGGACUAUAAAACAUUCAUCAAAAGUUUUACUUCAACAGAAUGAUUGGAUGUUGUGAUUAUUACAACUCCUGUUAAAUAUUAUUGGAUGAUAUUACUUUGUCCUCAAAAUUUUGUUUUCUUCAUGUUGUACUCAUCAGAGUACAGAAAGUGGUAUGCUUGCUUAAUUACCAUUUUAGUGUGAUGUUUGUUAAUGCAAAAAGACAACGAACGUUCCGUAAGGGUUGCAUAAAGUUCAAACGCGCAAUUGCAAGCAUGCAAUGAUACCCUAUAUUUGUACAGAAAGAAAGUCAGUUUUGUAGAUUUAAGAAUUACUGCUAGUUAUUGUAUUAUGUCUUCUAACUUUCGUAGAAAAAAAGAAAAAGGUCCA